AUGGCUAAUGAUGCUGAUGCUAAGGCUGGAUGUGAGCGUAUCUUUAAACGCUUUGAUUACAAUGGUGAUGGGAAAAUUGCACUGAACGAGCUCGCAGAUGCACUUAAAGCACUCGGCUCCUCUUCAGAAGAGGAAGUGCAUCGACGAAUGAAGGAGAUUGAUAUGGACCAUGAUGGAUUCAUUUCACUGGAGGAGCUCUUCGCCUUCCAACGUGCCAACCCUGAUCUGAUGAAGGAAGUCAUCAAGAAACUUUCGCAAUAA